GACAAGUUUGCGGUUCCCUGAAGUCCUCCUGGCACAUAAAGCCUCCAACAGGGGCCUGGCAGGAUCUGGCUGUGUGCCCCCAGGGCCAGGCUGAGGAGCAAGGAGUCACACUGGUCCGGGGACAGACAGUGGACAGAGUAUGCCUGAGGACACAGGAACCUGUGGCAGGACAUGAUGCCACCUCUGCUGCUGCUGCCACCAUGGAGUGAGAAACCUAGAUAGUCAUCACGGGUCACAUUGCCCUCACCUGCCACCAGCCUAAAACACGCACCCCUGCCUGCCCCCUGAUGCUUGCAGUGGGGCCCGCCAUGGAUGGGGAAUACCCUCCGCAUGAGCUACCACCAGCUGGUGGUAUCCAGCUGCAGACUCCUCUUUUGCACUGCCCGUGGUGGGGCAGCUUCUCGCAGGCGGCGUACCCCUCCUUCUCCAGUGAAAGCCAACACCUCAUAGGUUCCUCGUCGUUCCUCGGUGGCCAGCCAUGCCCAGACACCAGCUACCCACCUGUGGCCACUAUCCCCAGCUUCCUGCCAAAGAGCAGUGACUUUCCUCAGGACCCUUCAUACCUCGAGGACCUCUCCAACACCUCCAUCUUCUCAUCCUCCGUGGACUCCCUGUCGGACAUUGUGGACACACCUGACUUCCUGCCAGCGGACAGCCUCAGCCAGGUGCCUACCAUCUGGGAUGUUAGCACCUCAUCUUCCCACAACAAGCUGUUCCUGCCCAGUGGACCAUAUUCCAGCCUUGAGGAUCCUGUGACCUCACUCCCCAACACUCCACUUCUCAUUAGCUAUCAGUCUCAGAGCCAGCCCGAUGAAGAAGAGGAAGGGGAGGAUGAGGAGGAACCUGCUGAGGAGUUGGGCCACACUGAGACCUACGCUGAUUACGUGCCAUCCAAAUCCAAGAUCGGGAGACAACACCCAGACCGCGUGGUGGAGACCAGCACCCUGUCCAGUGUGCCGCCCCCUGACAUUACGUACACACUGGCAUUGCCCACCUCAGACAGUGGGUCCCUGUCCGCACUGCAGCUGGAAGCCAUCACCUAUGCUUGCCAGCAACAUGAGGUUCUGCUGCCCAGUGGGCAGCGUGCUGGCUUCCUGAUUGGAGAUGGGGCUGGCGUGGGCAAGGGCCGCACGGUGGCUGGCAUCAUCGUGGAAAACUUUAUGCGUGGCAGGAGGAAGGCACUAUGGUUCAGUGUCUCCAACGACCUCAAAUACGACGCAGAGCGGGACCUGCGAGACAUUGAGGCCCCAGGCAUCGCUGUGCAUGCACUGAGCAAGAUCAAGUAUGGGGACAACACUACCUCAGAGGGUGUUCUGUUUGCCACCUACUCCGCCCUGAUUGGGGAGAGCCAGGUGGGCGGGCAGCACCGCACACGCCUACGGCAGAUCCUGCAGUGGUGUGGAGAGGCCUUCGAUGGUGUGAUUAUAUUUGAUGAGUGCCACAAAGCUAAGAACGCAAGCUCCACCAAGAUGGGUAAGGCUGUGCUGGACCUGCAGAACAAGCUGCCCCUGGCCAGGGUGGUCUACGCAAGCGCCACAGGUGCCUCUGAGCCCCGAAAUAUGAUCUACAUGAGCCGUCUGGGGAUUUGGGGCGAAGGCACGCCCUUCCGGACUUUCGAGGAGUUCCUUCAUGCUGUAGAGAAGAGGGGAGUGGGCGCCAUGGAGAUUGUGGCCAUGGACAUGAAAGUCAGCGGUAUGUACAUAGCUCGCCAGCUCAGCUUCUCCGGGGUCACCUUCCGCAUUGAGGAGAUCCCGCUGCCCCCCGCAUUCGAGCAGGUCUACAACCGGGCAGCCCUGCUGUGGGCCGAGGCACUGGGUGUGUUCCAGCAGGCAGCUGACUGGAUUGGCCUGGAGUCGCGAAAGUCACUGUGGGGCCAGUUUUGGUCAGCACACCAGCGAUUCUUCAAGUACCUAUGCAUCGCGGCCAAAGUGCACCGGGUAGUUGAGUUGGCUCGGGAGGAGCUGGCCCGGAACAAGUGCGUCGUCAUCGGUCUGCAGUCCACAGGCGAGGCACGGACACGUGAGGUGCUGGGCGAGAAUGAGGGACACCUCGACUGCUUUGUCUCAGCUGCAGAGGGCGUCUUCCUGUCCCUCAUCCAGAAGCACUUUCCUUCUGGCAGGAGAAGGCGGGACCGAGGAGGGACUAGUAAGAGGAAACGGCGGCCACGGGGCCGUAAUUCCAAGGUCCCCAGGCUGGCACUGGAGGCAGCGGGUGUGAUUCGCAUCAGUGACGGUAGUAGCACUGAGUCAGAUGCUGGUCUGGACAGCGAUUUCAACUCCUCCCCAGAGUCACUGGUAGAUGACGAUGUGGUUAUCGUGGAUGCCACCGGGAUCCCCAUGGAUGACCGGGGCCCCCUGAGCUCCCUGCAGAAGGACACGCAGGGCCCUGGCACCUUGGAGUGCGUGGAGCGACUGAAGCGGGGCCUACUGACCAAAGUGCGAGCACUGGGCCGGGAGCUGCCUGUUAACACGUUAGAUCAGCUCAUCCACCAGCUUGGGGGCCCUGAGUGCGUGGCCGAGAUGACUGGCAGGAAAGGCCGUGUUGUGUCAAGGCCCGAUGGGACAGUGGUCUUUGAGUCGCGGGCAGAGCAGGGCCUGUCCAUCGACCACGUAAACCUCAGGGAGAAGCAGCGAUUCAUGAGUGGCGAGAAGCUUGUGGCCAUCAUCUCAGAAGCCUCCAGCUCGGGGGUUUCCCUGCAAGCCGACCGCCGCGUAGAGAACCAGCGACGCCGGGUGCACAUGACGCUGGAGCUGCCCUGGAGCGCAGACCGCGCCAUCCAGCAGUUUGGCCGCACCCACCGCUCCAACCAGGUCUCCGCACCGGAGUACGUCUUCCUCAUCUCGGAGCUGGCAGGAGAGCGUCGCUUUGCCUCCAUCGUGGCCAAGAGGCUGGAGAGUCUGGGUGCCCUGACCCACGGGGACCGCCGCGCCACUGAGUCCCGCGACCUGAGCAAGUACAACUUUGAGAACAAGUAUGGGGCCCGCGCGCUCAGUUCCGUGCUCAGCACCAUUCUUGGCCACACAGACAACCAGGUACCACUGCCCAGGGGCUACCCCGGCGGGGACGCCGCUUUCUUCAGAGACAUGAAACAGGGCCUGCUGUCGGUGGGCAUAGGCGGGCGGGAGUCGCGCACUGGCUGCCUGGAUGUGGAAAAGGACUGUUCCAUCCCCAAGUUCCUCAACCGCAUCCUGGGGCUGGAAGUGCACAAGCAGAACGCACUAUUCCAGUAUUUCUCAGAUACCUUCGACCACCUCAUCGCUGUGGACAAGAAGGAGGGCAGAUAUGACAUGGGCAUCCUAGACCUGGCUCCUGGCACAGAGGAGAUCUAUGAAGAGAGCCAGCAGGUGUUCCUGGCACCAGGGCACCCACAGGAUGGACAGGUGAUUUUCUACAAGAUCAGCGUGGACAGAGGCCUGAGGUGGGAGGAGGCCUUCGCGAAGUCACUGGAGCUUACAGGACCUUAUGACGGCUUCUACCUCUCUUACAAGGUACGUGGCAACAAGACAAGCUGCCUCCUGGCAGAGCAGAACCGUGGUGCACACUUCACUGUGUACAAGCCCAACAUAGGCCGUCAGAGCCAGCUGGAGACCCUGGACAGCCUGUGCCGCAAGUUCCACCGGGUCACAGCAGAGGAGGCCAGGGAGCCUUGGGAGAGCAGCUACGCCUUCUCGCUGACACACUGUAGCCACACAGCCUGGAACCAGCAGUGCAGGCUGGCACAGGAAGGCAAGGACUGUGCCCAGGGGCUGCGCCUGAGGCACUACUAUAUGCUGUGCGGGGCGCUGCUGCGCGUGUGGGGGCGCGUGGCUGCAGUCGUGGCAGAUGUGAGCAGCAGCAGCUACCUGCAGGUGGUGCGCCUGCGCACCAAGGACCAGAAGAAGCAAGUGGGCAUCAAGAUCCCUGAGGCCUGUGUGCACCGCGUGCUGCAGGAGCUGCGGAUCAUGGACGCUGAUGUCAAGCGCCGCCAGGCCUGUGACCAGAGCCUGGCCUCACACCCGCCCACCCCACGCCCCAUCUCACUGCCCUGUGGCCCAGGCGAGGUGCUGGACCUGACUUACAGCCCACCGCCUGAAGUCUUCCCGCCUCCCAACGGCUUCCCUUCCCAGCCUCGCUUUGCCUUCCCACCACCACCGCCACUGCCACAGGAGCCAAGCACGCUGCUGCUGGGGGCACGGGACUCCACAACCGACCCCGUGGCCUUGGCCUUGACACACCAGAGCUGCGACAUCAACUUCAGGGAGGUGCUGGAGGACAUGCUGCGCUCGCUGCGAGCGGGGCCGGCGGAGACUCCGGCACCACUAGCGAGCACUGAGCGCCAGAGUGUCAUCCAUUUUAGCCCACCCUUCAACUCUUAGGCAGCUCCACCCUCCGCCCCGCGCUGCAUGGCAGCCCCUCCUCUCACUACUGAGGGCGCCAGGCCACAGUGCCUUCCCCUACAGGUGCAGGACCUCCGGGGUUCCCCUGCGCUGCUGGGGAUCACCAAGCGUAGGACUCUGGAAGUCAAAGCCCCAGGCUGGUGGUCCCAAGAGCCGCAAACUCAGGAAAGCCGGUGCUCAGGCCCCGCGUACUGUGGGCUCCGCGGGGCAGACCUCCUUAAUAUAUGCAAUCCCUGCUCCCUAAAUUAUUAUCCACCUGCCUCUGCAAGCCUGAGGCCCCCGGGCAUGCAGACCAGGUGUCUGUAUUUAUAAGGAAGUCGAGUGUACAUAUGUGAAGACCUUUUUUAAAUAUA